GGGCCACUGGCUGCUGCUGCUGCUGCCUCCAUGGUCACCAUGCUCGCCGUCACCCUCCUGACCCUGGCCCUGCUGGGCAGCGUCCACUCCCGUACCCAAGACCCCUCAUACAAGGCAGGCAUCGUGUGCCGCAUCACCAAGCCUGCUCUCCUGGUGUUGAACCAGGAGACGGCUAAGGUGAUCCAGACUGCCUUCCAGCGUACCAGCUACCCAGACAUCAAGGGCGAGAAGGCUGUGUUGCUCCUUGGCCGGGUCCAGUACAGACUGCACAACAUCCAGAUCAACCACCUGUCCAUCGCCAGUAGCCAGGUGGAGUUGGUGGAAGCCAAGACCAUUGAUGUCUCUAUCCAGAACGUGUCUGUGGUCUUCCGGGGGACCCUGAACUAUGGUUACACUGGUGCCUGGGGGUUGGGCAUUAAUCAGUCGGUCGACUUUGAGAUUGACUCUGCCAUUGACCUUCAGAUCAACACACAGCUGAUCUGCGAUGAGGGCAGUGUGCGGACCCAGGCACCUGACUGCUACUUGAAUUUCCAUAAGCUGCUGCUGCACCUGCAGGGGGAGCAUGAACCAGGGUGGCUGAAGCGGCUAUUCACAAACUUCAUCUCCUUCACUCUAACUCUGGUCCUGAAGGGACAGGUCUGCAAGGAGAUCAACACCAUCUCCAAUAUCAUGGCUGACUUUGUCCAGACAAGGGCUGCCAGCAUUCUCACGGAUGGAGACAUCGGGGUGGACAUUUCUGUGACUGGGUCCCCUGUCAUCACAGACACCUACGUGGAGACGCAUCAUAAGGGCUUCUUCAUCUACAAGAACAUCUCUGAGGACUUCCCCCUGCGUACCUUCCCGUCCAGGCUCCUGGGGACCUCCCGCAUGCUCUACUUCUGGUUCUCUGAUCAAGUCCUUGAUUCCCUGGCCCAGGCCGCCUUCCAGGAGGGCCGCCUGGUGCUCAACCUGACAGGGGAUGAGUUCAAGGCAGUGUUGGAGGCCCAGGGUUUCAACACCAACCAGGAGACCUUCCAGCAGAUAACUGCUCCCUGCUCGCCACCGCUUGCCAGUGACUUUCCCAGUGACCAGGCCCGAGUAACUGUCCGCAGCCUCAAUGUGCCCAAGAUCUCCUGCCAGGAGAAAGGUGUCGUUGUGACCUCUUCCAUCGUGGUGAAAUUCCUUUUCCCAUGCCCAGACGGCCAAGAAGCUGUGGCUUACACUUUUGAGGAGGAUAUCAUCACCAUUGUCCAGGCCUCCUAUUCCCAGAAAAAACUUUCCUUGCAUCUCUUGGAUUUCCAGGUCCAGUCCAAGACGACUUCCAGCCCAGAUGAGGUGCUUUCACCACGGGUCUCUGAUCAGCUGAGCAGCCCCCAUUCCCUCCAGAGCACCCUGCGCUCCAUGAUCACCACGGUGGGCAUCCCUGAGGUCAUGUCUCGCCUCGAGGUGGUGUUCACAGCCUUGAUGAACAGCAAAGGCCUGGACCUCUUCGAAAUCAUCAACCCUGAGAUUAUCACUCUGGAAGGCUGCCUGGUGCUGCAGAUGGACUUCGGCUUCCCUGCGCACCUGCUCGUGGACUUCCUGCAGAGGCUAAGCUAGGAAGGAAACAGGACCACAGGCCAGGCUCACUCCCCACUUGCCUUGGUGGCAUCAGGGAGAGGAGGGAGACAAAGACUGCUCCCAACUCCUUCUGUCCUCAUGGCAUACCAGCAUAAAAGCAGUGUCCCCUCGGGCAGGUAUGUGGCUGUGCAGUUAAGCCACUAGUUGGGACACCUACAUCUUGUGUGUUCUUCAUCUCAGCUUCUUACUAACAUGCACCCUGGGAGGCAGCUGGUGAUGGGGCAAGCAGGUGGGUCCGUGCCACUGCAGAGACCCAGCCUAAGUCCCAGGCACCCAGCUUUAGCCUGCCAGCGAGUGGGAACUGUCUGAUGGGCUGUCUCUCUC